UUUCACCAAUCUUAUCCUUUCCUCCUAUUUGAAGAUCAAGGCUAUCCAGAACCAGGAGCUCCUCCUCGACACAACACAAACACAAUGGUUGUUCUUCAUUUCACUCCGAUUCCGCCAACGCUUUGUUGUCAAUCACCGUCGUCCCGAUUACCCUCUGCUGUUACUCUCAAUGCCUCUUUAGUGCGUGGGAGGAAUUCGGUUAAUGUGCAAACCGCACAUUUCAAUGGGGUGCGCAUUGAAGGAAUCAAACAAAGAGGUUCAAUGGUUGUGAAGGCGUCUGCAGAAAUAGACGGUGCAGAGGCCAAUGAUCUUCCCUCAGAGACAAAGGAUGAAAGCAGCAGCAGCAGCAGCAGCUUGUCUGUUGAAGAACUUCCAUUGGAGUCGAAACUUGAGCUGAAACUGCAGCAGAAAAUGAAGAUGAAGCUGGCUAAAAAGAUCAGACUUAGACGAAAGAGACUCGUUAGGAAACGCCAGUUGCGGAAAAAGGGUCGGUGGCCGCCUUCUAAGAUGAGAAAGAACAAGAAUGUAUGAAUCAUCCAUCAUCUGGGCAGUGUUGUAUGUUUCUAGUUUUUUUCUUUUCGCAACUAAUAACGAUUUUGGACUGUCGUUUGCUUGCUUUUUUGAAUACUAGUAUUUGCUACUUUUUUAUUUAAGGGCAAAAAGUAUUUGCUACUAUAGA